AUGUUCUUGCCAAAAGCCCCGAUUUCGUCGGCAUCCUUGCGUAAUCCUCGAAGACGCCAACGUACAAGCUCUGAUGAACCUGUUAACCCUCCAAAAGCCAAAAGACAACGGUCCAGUUUGCGCCAUGGUAGUUCAGAUAUUCCUUUAGAGGACCAAAACGAGCUAAACGAGCAUGGGAGUUGUUCAACAACUCUUGCUUCGCAAGACCUUGAAACCGCAGACAAUGCUACUUUUCAAGAGAGCAUUCCAAUCAGAGGUCCAAAGAAGCUAGAGAAGCGAGGCGAAGCUGAUGGGACCAUUGUCCUCUCUAAAACCGACGUUUACAAUGUUUUGCAAUUACCGGCUCUACCAGAUCAGAUCCGCGGACUACAAUCAGGCGAGUCUGGCUUAUCUCUCCACAACUCACACUGUUAA